GUGGCAGCGUCAACCAUCGAGGCCGCUGCCAAGCCUAGCAGCGAUGAUGCUGUCGAGCUCCAGCUAGCUGUGCAUGCAGAUCUUACCCACCCUUCCACAAGCUCCACCAGGAUAACGGCUCCACAGCCCCUCCACCGCCGACUGUUCCUGACGAUCUUGGAACAGAGUAGUCAGCCCAGGAUUCGCCACGCCUCCAAGACCACUGUGGACCCAAAUGAGGUGAAGAGGUUCCGGCUUCUCGCCACCAAGUGGUGGAAUGAGCAGGGAGACUUCGCAGCCCUCCACUCAAUGAACGACCUCAGGGUGCCUUUCAUACGGGAUAAUCUGUUGAACGCACAUGGCGGGCGGCAGCCGGGGAAACCCCUGGCAGGGCUCAGAAUACUGGACGUAGGCUGUGGCGGUGGGCUGCUCACUGAGCCCUUGGGUAGACUGGGGGCAGAUGUGCUAGGCAUUGACCCGGUGGCAGACAGUAUUGGGACAGCGGAGGUACAUGCCUGGCAUGAUCCAGACCUGCGUGGCAAUGUGCGUUACCGUGCCAUCACUCUGGAGGAGCUCUCUGAGAAGGGGGGGAAGGGAGCGGGGCAGUUUGAUGCGGUGGUGGCCUCUGAGGUGGUGGAACAUCUGGCUGACCUGGAAACCUUCACACUCUGCUGCAACCAGGUGCUCAAGCCAGGAGGCUCUCUCUUCAUCACCACCAUCAACAAGACCCAGCUGUCGUACGCCCUGGCCAUCGUGGCAGCAGAGGAGGUGCUACGCAUCGUGCCCAGCGGAACCCAUGACUGGGAUAAGUUUGUCAGCCCCGUGGAGCUGGAGCGCCUGCUGGAGUCCAAUGGUUUCCAUGUGGAGUCUAUCCGAGGGAUGCUGUAUAACCCUCUGUCACGGGCCUGGAGCUGGACAGAGAGCACCAGCAUCAACUACGCCCUGCACGCGGUCAAACUCGAGGAGGAACCGAACCCCGACGAGGACGACCCCGAAGACCCCACCGUGAUAGUUGCCCAAGCUAAGGCCAGACGCUGGUACAACUGACUUGACCAUGGAAGAGAGAGUGGUCAUACGUGGUCAGCUGCAGCACAGAUCUUCUGAACUCUGAAAGGAAAGGCAGUGGACCUAAAAAAAACAAAGCUAUUGAAAGUUAUAGUUCAGUGCUUGAUACAAGUACAUGAUGUUUUCUUUCAGCCAGGCCAUGAUUGUUCUGUGAGUUCAAGCAUAAUGAGUCCCUCUGAAUUGUGUGAACUGUUUAAGCUUUCGAGGCUUGUCAUUGCAAUGCCAUCUGUUAUGGUAGAAGUGUUCAUCACCAUGGUUGACAUCUCAGGUCUCUGGUUUACUAUUGAGCAAGAUGUUUUCUUCAAAUAGAGUCACAAUGUGUCUGUUCAUCAAAAUCCAUCGUGCGGAUAUUGUUUGUCUUGACAUGCUUAUUAAUAUCCUCCAUUAGGAAAUGAAAUAGUUUCCUUUAAGAUUCUCUGAUCUGAUGAUUAUUCCUCUCUAGUGUCAUUUCAACAGUGUGAAAAUAUAGUCCAAAUCAGUGA